GACGGUUUACUCACUGCCUACGGCACGGUGGCGGAUAUGCCAUGUGACUUCGCUUCCAGCAAGAGCAAGGGGUACGCCUUCGUAAAUUUCAUGUCACCGACCGUCGCGCGUUGCUUCAAGAGAAUGUGGCACGGCACGGAGCGAUUCCCAAACUAUCCCGACAGCCGUGCUUUGUAUGUGACCGCGGCGCACAUCCAGGGUUACGAGGCCAACAUCACGAUUGCAAACAAGACCGUCGGCAUUCGAAAUCCAAACUACCGCCGGGUCGUCUUCAGCCAGCGGGCUACGCCAGCUGCCUCGCCAGAGUCCGCCUUCCCAGCAGCACCUUCGCAGAGUAGCGGCUCCACGGAGAGAGCCGCCCCACAGGGGCCACAAUUGAGGCCGCCGGGCACGGUGUCAGUUCGGGCGGAUGCCGGUCCCCAGUCGUCCGCAAUGGAUCCCUCCGUCCAGCAGCAGCUGGCGCCAGGCGUCUGUUCAGCCAUGAGCUGGCCGCUCGACUUCUGCCAGCAGGCCGGCCGUGCACCGCUUUCGACCUGCGCCCCAGGACUCUAGGCCUUCCAAAUGGGGUCCGAGUAGACAGGGUCGGAGCCGUUGUCUGCACGCCGGCGAGGCCGAUUCGUCGCCGACGUCGCCAAUGUAAACGCAUGCCCCCGAUAAUGAAGUAUACCCCCUCCUUCCAACAAACCUCAUGAUCAUCUUCGCGGAGGGUCCUAACUCCGGCAUCACCAGUGACGGUAUCAACCAUACACUACGGCUUCGUAUGUAUUCCUUCUACGGUUACGACUACCACCACUACUGGUGUCCUGGCGUGUAGUGUUAUUACGAUUGCGACUACGGCUACGGCUACGGCUACGGCUACGGCUACGACUGCGACUACUAUUACGUUCCAGCAACCGUACUCCGUACACGGUACAUCCGUACGUGCGAGUUGCCAGGGAAAGUGUUGUAUGUUUUUGGAACACCGAACCUCAGAAUCCCCAUCUUGCGAUUAUUUGUGGCAUGCGGUUAUUGCCGAUGCAUCAGCGAUGCAUCCACGGCAUUUCUCUUUUCUUCCGCGGCGGUACAGCAUCCAGUGGUCAGGCACAGUUGCACCACACCUAUCGGGCCACCACCUCCCUCUGACCGACAGCCCGCUGCACCCUCCCUCACUCGACCGCAGGGCACCGGCUAGAAGUAUACACCAGUUUUGGAGAUGUCAAAGGGUAUUGAUACCGCUACUCCCCGGACCUCUCCCAGGAUGCAGUCUGACCAGGAAUUCGAGGCGAAUCCAGCGGAGGCGACGAGAGCC